UCUAAAACUCCCCUCCAGCUGCAGCCCGAGCGCCAGGCUCCACCGCGCACUUUCCUUUCCAUACGAGUGGGUUCAGCGUGUGCUGUUAGCUUGAAAAGUCCUCGGCGCCGUUUAGAGGCCGUCGCUUCUGCCCGUUUUGCCAAAACGCUGUCUGGAAGUCGCUUUGUUUAGAUGACAAGGACGCCAAGAGGAGCCGCAAAGGGAUUUGCGUUCAGGUCGCGGAGACUCCAGCGGUUUGAUUUUCUCCAGAGCAAAAAGAAAGUUGGUCAUUUUGGCUUGAAAAAGGACAGAGGUUGUGUUUCCUGGUGUAGGGGAGGAGAGGAGUACCUGCAGAGGCCUGGGGAGCUUCUUUGAAUCGAACAGAUGGAUGAAACGUCCUGGUGUGCUUCUCUCUUUAAGUAAAAUGCUUCACUAAUCUUAAGCACCUGGAGAAGGUUUCCUUAAGUGAAAAGCAAGUUUUGGAAAUCUUUUAUGAAAGCCAUCACCAGGGGACCCUUUGCAAAAGAUCCUUCUUAACUGCUGAAGUAACAUUAAAGUUCCAAAACUGUGAACUUGGCUGCUCAUUGGAUGUUAAUGGCUACCAAUAGUAUUCUUUUUGAUCCUUGGUUUGGAUUGUUAAGUAAUGGAUAGCAAUACAUUGGAAAACAAAUACACAUAUACAGCAACCAUGGGACAUGUCCCUAUUGAGGGAAUAUCUGCAAUAAACUGAUUUUUUGUUUAAUUAUUUUUUAAAGCUUUAUAUAUAAUAUAUAUGCAUAUAUAUUUUAAUUUUAUUUAUUUAUUUAUUUUUCCCCAGUCCAACUGCAUUUCAUCCUGCAGUUCCUUCUUAGUCUGUGUGCAGCUACCGUAUGUUUGGCUGCUGUAUGUCCUUGUUUUCUACUUGCUUUUUGAAAUGCAACUUUAAAUUUAAAGUUUGAGCUUUUCUGUUGCCUGGAUCAAAGGCUCAUCUUCUAAAGGACAGUGGAUUACAAAGCAUUGGAAGAUUAUGGCGGCAACAUAUCGUAUUGUAGUCAGCACAAUCAAUUGUUACAACAGUGUUGUUAUUGACCGUCGCUUUCAGCACACUGUGCAUUACUGUAAUGGGCCAUGCCAGGUCCUCAAGCGUGGUAUUGAGUGCACCAUUGCCCAUUGUAGCACUUGCUUAGAGUUGUUGGAUGCACCUGCUGCACCAGCAUCUAAUAACAGACCCUGCAAUCCUCAAGACCUUAGCAACAAAUUUGCAGUACUUGAAAAUGAAUCUAAUGCAGGUACAUCUGUUGUUGAGGAUUUUCAACAGGGCGUGCUGGGUGCCUCAAGGGGCAAAAAAGGACUUUCUUUACAAGGUUCAACUAGUCUUAAGGACAUCACAGGUGAAGCUAUAAAUUUAGCCAGUGGCAAAAUCAAGGAGUUUUCCUUUGAGAAAAUUAAGUAUACAGCUAGCCAUGUUACACUUAGAAAGGGCAGAAAAGUGAGACCAGACUCCUUUAGCAGAAGGUCUACUGACUUAGACAUCAUUUAUGGACACUUUGGUAAUGAUGAAAAUUGCCCACCAUUUGGCUUGGUGCAAAAGUCAGUAAUGGAGGAACACAAGUUAAGCCGCAGCACUUCUCUUGAACAAAACAUCAAUAGCGUGGCCUCACUUUAUCUGAACAGCUUAACCGAUGAGAACCUUAUUUCUAAAAUUUUGGAAAAGACCAAAUCUGACAGCAGUGCAUCAGGUGAGGACAUUAAAGCUUGCCUCAACAUCUUGCUGAAGUGUUCAGAAGAUCUGAAAAAAUGCACAGAUAUUAUAAAGCAAUGUAUAAAAAGGAAGUCAAUGGGUGAGGGGAAUACUGACAGUGGUACAAAUCCAGAAGUGAUUUACAAAAAUGUGAUGGCAAGGCUUUCCAGCUAUUUAAAAAAGCUUCCAUUUGAGCUUGAACAUGGGCAGUUAGAUCAUUUGGAACACAGUGAUCUUGCUGAACUUGUGAACAGUUUACAUGGGCUACAACAGACUCCGUUUUCUCCAAUAUUUGGUAACGAGCAGCCCCCUAGGUAUGAAGAAGUGGUCAGUUCCCCGCCUUUUCUUAACAAUCUACCUCCCUCUUCUUUAGAACACCAGGGCCCCCAUCAUGAUUCAUAUAACCUUGUGAAAUCAGACUCAAACUUUCAUACACCAUCUCCUAAUUUAAUCUUACAUAGUAAUGAGCAGCAGAAAAGAUCAACAACAGGUAAUAGUUCCAGUGCUCUACCUCAGACUACAGCAAUAAGUAAAUCAGAUAAGUAUUCUUCUGCAAACUCCCUGCUGUCUAGCAGCAGUGACAGUAUCUGUAAAGACUCAAUGGAAGCACUGUAUAUAGAGGAAGAAGCUGAUGUAGGAAAAGUACUAAGUAGGGAGUUGAAAGGAAAAAACACAUUCAGUGUUGGGUUAAUGGAAGACUUACAGCUGUCAAAAACAUCAGAAACUACUGACACAAGUGUCCUCAGGAAAGGAGAUUACUACAAGCCAAAUCUGGAGUCCUGUUGCAUACGUGGAGCUGGUGUAGAGCACACUUCUAAAAAUGUUCCAUUUGAGCAAAAUUUCUUCCAGGAAUCUGGACAGGGUGGUGCACAAGAUGACAUUGAAAAGCUACUGAUGGAUUUAGAGUGUCUUUCUAAAAAAAUUGAAGAAGAGCCUCUUGCAAAACUGAAGUGCCAAGAUAUUCAAAACUGUAUACCACAAACAGACCCAUUGUAUCCCUUGACUUUUGAAUCAGGAAGCAAUAAUAAUCCUUCAGUGCAUGCAGAUUCUUCAUUUACUAAAAAAGACCCUUUAAAACAGAUUAGCAGUGCAAAUGAAGAAGACAGGAUUCUAUUGUUGCGCAUCUUGGAGAGCAUUGAAAAUUUUGCUCAGGAGCUUGUUGAAACUGGCAGUGGAAAAGGAAACCUAGCACAAGAACGGGAAGUAAUGCGUCUACUGCAAGAAACCCUUGGUAGUACAGCCAAACCAGAAAGAACUAUGCUAAAAAGUUAUUCAUCCUCGGUAAUUCGAGACACUGGUCCAUCAUUAUCCAUCCAGCAGACACCAGAAGUGAUAAAGGUCCAGAGUAGGCAAGAAAAGAAACCCGGGACCCCUCCUCCAGUUCCUGUAAGCUCCAUCCUUAAUCCACGCCCUGCUACACCACCUGCAACUGUUCAUAAACCAGUUGUCACAAUCCCAGCCUCCAUCAACAUUCCACGCUUUUAUUUUCCAAAAGGACUUCCAAACACUAAUGCCAACCUUGAUGAGACCAUUGCCAAAAUAGAAACCACAUUUGCUGAAUUUGAGGAAGAAAAAGCUGAUAUUUAUGAAAUGGGAAAAAUCGCCAAGGUAUGUGGCUGUCCUCUGUAUUGGAAGGCUCCAAUGUUUAAUGCUGCUGGAGGCGAAAGGACCGGAUUUGUCUCUGUUCAUGCUUUCAUAGCCAUGUGGAGAAAGUUGUUACACAGCUGCUAUGAUGAUGCAUCAAAGUUUGUUUACCUGUUGGCCAAACCAGGCUGUGACUACCUAGAACAAGAAGACUUCAUCCCAUUACUACAGGAUAUUGUGGACACUCAUCCUGGCUUAACAUUUUUGAAGGAUGCACCUGAAUUCCAUUCUCGAUACAUAACCACGGUGAUUCAGAGGAUAUUCUACACAGUUAAUCGGUCAUGGUCAGGAAGAAUUUCUAUGACUGAACUAAGAAGGAGCAACUUCCUGCAGACUUUAGCCCUUCUGGAGGAGGAAGAUGAUAUCAACCAAAUUACAGAUUAUUUCUCCUAUGAACAUUUUUAUGUGAUCUAUUGUAAAUUCUGGGAACUGGACACUGACCAUGACCUUUUCAUUGACCAGAAAGACCUGGCAAGAUACAAUGAUCAUGCUUUAUCAAACAGAAUUAUAGAGAGAAUAUUCUCUGGGGCUGUCACAAGGGGCAACUCUGCACAGAAAGAAGGUCGCAUGAGUUAUGCAGAUUUCGUGUGGUACCUGAUCUCCGAAGAGGAUAAGAAGAACGCUACAAGUGCUGAAUACUGGUUCCGGUGUAUGGACCUGGAUGGGGAUGGAGUGCUGUCCAUGUAUGAACUAGAGUACUUUUAUGAAGAACAGUGUGAGCGAAUGGAAGGAAUGGGCAUUGAGCCUCUACAAUUUCAUGACCUUCUGUGUCAGAUGCUUGACCUUGUAAAGCCAGAAUGCAAAGGCAAAAUCUUUCUCAGAGAUCUGAAAAGAUGCAGAAUGGCUCACAUAUUCUAUGACACAUUCUUCAACCUAGAAAAGUACCUUGAUCAUGAACAGAGAGAUCCCUUUGCAGUGCAAAAGGACAUUGAAAAUGAUGGCCCAGAACCUUCUGACUGGGACAAGUAUGCAGCUGAGGAGUAUGAAAUUCUGGUGGGCGAAGAAGCUGCCAACGAGCAGUUACAGGAGGGUUCAUUUGAAGAUGAUUACUAAUCCGACAAACUGUCAAUUCCAUCAGAGAAUCGGAAACAAGACACACACAAUUGUCUUUUCUGAUCUUCAGUCGUAGAAGAGAAGAACAGAUCACACUACCUGAAAGUUAGAUUUCUCAAGUUACUGCUGGUGAUCAUUCUCCAGUUGGACACGACCUUUUGUUUUCCAUUUAAAACAAACCACAUUUAAAAGGAUUCCCUUACAUUUCGAAAGACUGUUUUGUCCGUCUGUGUAUAAAAGCUGCUUGGACUCUUACUUGCUUUUUGUUUUAGUGCAAUAUGUCUUAAGGCAAUCAGAUGAUCAGAUGGGUGUAUUUCUUUCUGUUGCAUUGUGUGAUGACAUGACGAUGACUUUGAUCUUCUGUUGAGGAGCGCAGUUCCAGAUGUCCGCUGUGUUGAGAGAUUCUGCCAAAAAUGAGCGCGAGAGCUCCUCACUGUGGACAGUAUUAGUAGUGCAGUGUUAGUCAAGCCUUGCAGCUGAGCUUCUAUGCAUACCAGUGUGUGUGUGCGUGUGUGUGUGUGUGUGUGCCAAUCUGUGCAUAAACAUACACUGUAUGCUCGAAUUAUGACAUGAUGGGACCCCCUGCGCACAAAAAGCGUCACACAGAAGUAGCAAGUGGCGGACACACUUCUGACAAUCGUAUUUUAGAGCGGAAAAUGUGCAACCAACUUACAGGAUUUAUUGACCUAGGCUGAGGCGAGCAUAAUAUCAAAUAUGACUCCCCAUUCUAGCACUUUUUGGUUUUUUUGUACAUAAUAACUAACCGUUUAUUGGAGCUGCAGGUUCUCCGUUCCCGGUUUGUGUGUCCCAGUGUUGUUGUUGCUGUUAAUAUCGUCCCAUAAGCAAUAAAGCUUCAUCCUCCAAUUAUAACGUGGCUGAAAUGCUGCUGAGCUCUACUGCAGGUAUUCAGGUAUUGGUGGCCAUUCUGAGAAGCUUGGCAGUGCCUUUGGUUUGCCCUCUCACUAUUGCUGAUGGUCCGUGGUGCUGUCAAUUCAUGUGGAGUUUAGCCCAAACACUGAUGGAAAGCUGGAGACCUGAGGGGCUUUUCUGGAGUCCAGUCACUCCAUCAGUCCUCUCUGCCAUUCACGUAAUUUGAUUCCUUCUGCGGUAAAAUAGUUUUUUCGUCUAUUCUCUGAAGUAACUGAAUUCUUCGUUUGAAGCAGUGGCCAUGCAAGUGACUGGCGUCCGUCAAGGACAGAUUCCUGCCUUGAGCCCAGUGUGGCUGGGAAAGGUUGAGGCCUCCACGACUCAGCAGUAUUAGACGUCGACUUGCCAUGUGUAAUUCUGACCAACAUGUUGACACUCUCGGACGCCACACUAAACGAGAACAUAUUAAGACUGAAUAUUCAGAAUUGGUAUGGGAAAGAGAAUCCAGAACAAGCCAGCCUGACAUGCAGUUGAAUUUCUUCUUCAGAGUGCAGAAAUGCAGCAGGCAGAGCCGAUGACGGAAGGAAGGAUGUCGGAGGAGCCUGUGCAAAGCAUGGCGUGAGAGAGCUGCUCAGGCACUGCAAGGUCCGUCACUCCAGGAAGACGAGGCUGUCCAACGUGGGCAUUCUAAAGAAGCGACGUGAAAGUGAGAAUCGACCAAAAAGCAACCGAAUGUUACAAGAGUGUUGCUCUGAAGGCCAGGAUGCAGAGUUCAGGUAGUUCAAGAAUUUGCUGAAUUUCCUGGCCCUGUGUUCGCCACCAUCUACAAACACCAUGGAAUUCCAAAAAAAGGCCAGCUGAGCAGUUGCACUUCUUCUUUGUUGUUGUUCUUAUGCAAUACCAAGAUUGUUCUCUGUAAAGCGCCUUGAUGAGUCCUCCGUCACAGUGCAAUGUUGGAGAGACUCGGGGGCAAGACGGCCACAUGCCCAGUGUCAUAGCAUGAUGAGUGCCAUCCUGAAGCAGCUUCCUGUCCAACUCCUUCAGGACAAAGCCAUACUUAGGGUCCGCUUGUUUUAGUAGGUUCUUGUUCACCAUGAUGAUGGAGAGUGAUGACACGACAUGCCUGACUUAACUCUGUACACGUGACUGCUACCGCCACCAGCGUUUUAGGAAUGGUGGCUUCUAACGGUGCUCUAGUUCAAACCUACAGUGCACAUGUGAGUGGAGGAUGAGAGAAAGAAAACGGAGGAUGGCAUGUUGGUGGCCCUGUGAGCAGCGUCUUCCAUACUUUGCAGGCCUAUAGUUGAGCCGUCAGAUGUGUUGACCUCAGCGUUAACAGUUUUUUUAACACGUCCUCCUAUUCAUCUGUAACCUAAACUACAUGGAGGGGGCGACUCGUGACGCCUUCUGCUUGUGGCAGUAAUUCCUUGUGUACAUCACGCCAUUGCUCCACACAUUUCAGAAACUUGCAGGCGGAGUGUGCAGUGUGAGCUGGCCAGUCUCGCCAUCAGAACUGAGGACAAACGCCAAGAGGCCAAUAGGGGCGUCCGGCUCACUUGAUUGGCUAAGCUGACUUGUGAAAGGCCGUCAGGUGUCUGCUGCAGCCACGCGCCACCUUCUUCAGCGUCUGCCGUCAUGUCAUUGUAUGUAAACACUUUUGUAAGUAGUGUAAAAAGGCCAAAUGUGCUAAGCUGCGAUCUGUAUUGUAAAAUGUGCCAGAAGUAGCCGACAUUAUCGGAGAGAAAUUGCUUUAGAUGUUAUCUUUUCCCUCUUUUAUUUUUAUUUUUUUUUUACUGCUGCUGAGUGGCAGGGGUUUUUAAAAACGGAAUAAAGUUAAUUUUCUGACAGUGUCAGGGUGUAACAUAACACGGGGUAGGGGCUCAUGGGGUGGGCGGCAUUGGAAUUGUGCUGUGUGUCGACGACGACAAUCAACUGGAUGUUUCAAUUGAAUUUACUGUAGAAGCAGCGUUUGCGUUCGUUCUUCUUCUUCUAGCAAUAACCCAAGUGUACUGGGGAGCGCGGUCCCAAUCGCAAUGUGAGCAAACGCCUGAAUGAAGACUUGACCUGAAAACUGCCAUUUGGACUCCAGGAUUUUUUUCUAUAAGCUCUAUGCAAAUGGGAUUGUUUGGUGAGAAGCGAGCGGUGUGCCGACUACAAGUUGCAUUUUUAUUGACUGAAGUUGUAAACAUUUUGCCUUCCGGAUUAAUUCUCUUAGUAGUGCGUAACACACGUUUGAGUUGAAAAUGGUGAGAUGUUUUUGACGCAUUUAAUUUACCAGGUGUAUGUUUUGCUGACGCUAUGACAAAACCGGUGCGGACCCCUCGGGGGGUUUUGAAUUAAUUCCCGGUUUAGCAUGGCAGUAUUCUUUUUUUUUUUUUUCUUUUGCUUUGUUUUUAUGGAAUUUAAAUAAAGAAUUUUAACGUUA